AAGUAUCAGUGCGGCACGAUCCACUGGUGACGGGAGGGGGAUAACUGUAUGUAGCUUUUUCAAAUGUCGACUUUUGUUCGUUUGCAAAGCAGAAAAUAAGAGUUAGAUAAUUUAUAAGUCGGGCUGCUCGCUUGUCAUAAUAUAUAGGCAGUUUUAAAGUGUUUCCGUGAGCCCGCUAAAGCAUUCCGGACUAGCCCAUCCUUGGCUGCCCCCUCAGUGCCGGUGUUCCGUGAUUCGGACUCGGUGAAGAAUGAAUCCAGCUCGUCGCUGUUCGGCUCUAUUCGGGCAGCUAUGUGCGUCUUCGCGGGGGGGACCGACGGCCAGGAGGUCGUUCUCACCGGGAGCAGUGUCAGCCCCGGCGGGGACACGGCAGUGUCACCCCAGUGUGGUCGCGGGAGGAGGAGGAGGAGGGGGAGCCAAGGGGACCUGUCCGAGCGGAGCACCCACCGCUGGGGCGGCAGCAGUUUGUCCAAUGGGUGGCAGCAGCAGUAGCAGCAGCAGGUUGUUUGGUACAUUGGCCCAGUCCCUGAAAAGCGUCCCCCUUACACAACCAGACCCGUACCUGGAGGAGAACCCAGACCAGGACCUGGCAGAGAUUGACCCGGACCAGCUGCUCAGAGAAUGCGAGGAGGCCUUGCAGAGACGUCCAGCCAGACCACACCGGGAUCUGGUCUAUCCCAACGGCAUGGCACCCUGCCACCACAUGCGCAGCCCACCCAUACGGGUCAUGCAGUGGAACAUACUCGCACAAGCUCUUGGUGAGGGGAAGGACGGCUUCGUCCGCUGUCCACUGGACGCUCUCAAGUGGCAGGAGAGGAAGUACUUGAUCCUGGAGGAAAUCCUUACCUACCGCCCGGACAUUGUGUGUUUACAGGAAGUGGACCACUACUAUGACACUUUUCAGCCAAUCAUGGCCAGCCUUGGUUACCAGGGCAGCUUCAUGGCCAAACCUUGGUCUCCCUGUCUUGAUGUAGAGCAGAAUAAUGGCCCUGAUGGUUGCGCUCUGUUCUACCGCCGCUCACGCUUCUCCUUGCAGGCUACAGCUCACCUGCGGCUGUCGGCCAUGAUGCUGCCCACCAAUCAGGUCGCCAUCGUCCAGACACUGAACUGCCAGGCAACAGGUCAGCAAUUAUGCGUGGCCGUCACUCACCUGAAAGCUCGUAGCGGCUGGGAGAGGCUGCGGAGUGCACAGGGUGCCGACUUGCUGCAGAGUUUACGCAGCAUUACAUCCGGCAGAGGCAGCAAUAGCCAGAGCCAGGCCGUGCCACGCAGCAUCCCUUUAGUUGUGUGCGGGGACUUCAAUGCAGAGCCCUCAGAGGAUGUUUACCGGCGCUUCAGCUCCUCCCCCCUCGGCCUGAACUCUGCAUACAAGCUGCUGAGCUCUGACGGAGAGACAGAGCCGGCCUACACCACAUGGAAGAUCCGGCCCUCUGGAGAGAGCUGCAGCACUCUGGAUUACAUCUGGUACUCUCAUGAUGCUUUGAGUGUGGAGUGCCUGUUGGACAUCCCCACAGAGGAGCAGAUCGGCCCAGACCGCCUCCCCUCCUACCACUACCCCUCUGACCACUUAUCACUGCUGUGUGACGUCAGAUUCAGGGAGGAGCCCUAUAGGUUGAUGUAGACUGCUCAUCACACCUGUCCAGAAACAACACUUUCACUUUUACGGUAAAUCAGAGAGGAAAGACAACGUGACAUCACUGUAAAGCCAGUAAACAGAGGGUGGAGUCAAAUCUGAUGUAACAUUGAGACUGACACAAACCAAAACAAGCCUGCAUCACUUCCUGUGAGGAUGCACGCAUCUGAACAGGAACACCAGACAUUGUGAAAUGACUGCUGUUGAGUUUGAUCCACUGAGUUGUGAACAGCCAAGAGAUUUCUGUGGUUAUUUAUUGUUUCCAAUACAUAGAUAAAACUAUUAUCACUUAUUGUUCUUAAAUUAUUCUUUAUACUUUGUAUCAGUUGGUGAUGAGCAGCUGCUCCUAUUUUAAACUAAUUUAUUUUGCAUUUAAUUAAUCCUUGAUGGUUCUUCAGUUUGACUUUGGUGAUCAUAAAAGUGUGGUUGCUGUGACUACACUGAACAUGAGGAGCGAUGUUAAUAUAUGAAAUAAAGUCAUUAUUUUUAAUCUUAA